UGAAGUUCAUCCAAGCUUUCCGUUCGCGUGGUAAUGUUGGAUAAGAUAAGCGACACGAAUUAAUUUCGCGUAAUUCACUUGAUGGGUUCAUAACAUCUCGUGAUGACAACGGAAGCGAAUAACAGCAUAUGAAGUGGCUGGAGUGUUUGAAGCUCUGGUCGCUCGGAGAUCUGUCAGCAGUGCGGAAGAGAGAGGGAUAGGGCAGAUCAAUGCUGUCAAACUGACUCGCAAGAUACUGAAAUGAUGCUGAGAUAACAACGGGAAAUAUAGCCUGAAGACCAAGCGUUCUACAAUAUAAGCAGAAAAGCAGCAUGCUCGAUCGGAUAGACCCGUGAGCGAAUAAAGGCACUGACAUUGAUCAAGCCAGCUGUCAGACUCGCUGUACGCUCCAGAAGCAUCGACACACACACUGAGGAUGACAACUAGGUUUUUUUAGGCGAGUGAAACUUUUUUUUUUAAACCAUCGCGACGCAAACUGGUCGACGUGUUAUCUGCUUCAGCCAAAUCGAAAGCAAGUUCUAAAGGCAAAAGCUGUGAUCAGUCUCACCGCGGGAAAUUGUUGAACAAAAGACACGCGACCAAGUUGGAACGUCUCUGUCUGCUGUAGAGAUACUAUUGGGGGUACAUCAUAUGCCGCAAGACUAAGUUGCCUGUAACUUCAAACCAGAGUUGGAGGUGGAACAUUUAAUGCAAAAACAACCACACCCCCUUCCUCCUUGCCUCCAAGCCCCUCCUACAGCAUUGUCAUGGCUAUGAGCAGCGAUCCCGGUUCCGUAGGGGUGGAGCUUGACACAGAUUCCUUACAGACCUCUGAGAUGACUGAAAAGAUGUCGGCUGUCUCCUUAAGGUCUGAUCCCUCCUCCAAUGGAGUAAAGUAUGGGUCAGGUGAUAGGAAAGCUCUGCACCACAGGCCACACCUGUCAGGCAGGAAGAUGUCAUUGCAGGAAAGAGGGACAUACGGAUCUACGGGGGGUGGAGCAGACCGCUACUCCCACAUCUCGGCACGAGUGGCUAGACAGCCAACCAUUGAAUCCAAACGAGUGUCCAUCUCUGACUCGCAGGAUUGCAUUCAGCUUAACCAGUACAAGUUAAAGUGUGAGAUUGGGAAGGGCUCAUAUGGCGUUGUCAAGUUGGCAUACAAUGAGGAUGAUGACAAAUAUUAUGCAAUGAAAGUUGUGUCUAAGAAGAAGCUGAUGAAACAGUAUGGUUUUCCACGUCGUCCUCCUCCACGAGGUCCUAAAGCAGCCCAGGGACAGCAGCCCAAGGUGCUUGGUCCUCUGGAGAGAGUUUACCAGGAGAUAGCCAUACUGAAAAAGCUGGACCACCUCAACAUUGUUAAACUGGUUGAGGUGCUGGAUGAUCCAGCAGAGGACAACCUUCACAUGGUAUUUGAGCUGAUGCAGAAGGGGCCUGUGAUGGAGGUCCCCACCGACACUCCCUUCAAUGAAGACCAGGCAUGGCCCUACUUCAGAGAUAUUGUUCUGGGCAUUGAGUACUUGCACUAUCAGAAGAUCGUUCACAGGGAUAUCAAACCAUCUAAUUUGUUAUUGGGAGAUGAUGGACAUGUCAAGAUUGCUGAUUUUGGGGUCAGUAACCAGUUUGAGGGUAAUGAUGCCUUGCUCUCCAGCACUGCCGGUACUCCUGCUUUCAUGGCACCAGAGACACUAUCGGACAGCCGCAAGAGCUUCAGUGGAAAGGCUCUGGAUGUGUGGGCUAUGGGAGUGACCCUCUAUUGCUUUGUGUAUGGCAAGUGCCCAUUUAUUGAUGAGUACAUACUUGCACUUCACAAUAAGAUCAAGAGUAAGCCGGUGGAGUUCCCCGAGAUGCCUGCUGUCAGCCAGGGGCUAAAGGACCUAAUCUUACGAAUGCUGGACAAAGCCCCAGACACAAGGAUCACCAUUCCAGAGAUCAAAGCGGACCCCUGGGUAACUCAUGAUGGGGCAGACCCAUUGCCUUUAGAAGAGGAACAUUGUACUGUGGUGGAAGUCACUGAAGAGGAGGUGCAGAACUCUGUAAAGUUUGUCCCUAGCCUUUCUGCUGUGAUAUUGGUCAAGGCCAUGUUAAGGAAGCGUUCCUUUGGGAAUCCAUUUGAGUGUCCCAGCAGAAGAGAGGAGAGAUCCAUGUCUGCACCAGGCAGUCUGCUUAUGGACUCUUGGCCGUUCCGUCCUUCUUUUAAACUCCAGCCCUUGUUAAGAAAAGGGAGCAGUGGAGAGGCUGGUAGAGAAAUGGAGCUUGAGGACUUGCAUGAGGACGAACCACCCACCUCCUGAGAGUCUCCAUAGAUCUCCACAGCUCAUGAA